AUGCCCGAGGAUCCGAGUGAGGAAAUCAUCGACAAGCACGCAGAAUCUCGUUUGACCGAUGGAAUCUCGAGGCGAGAGCUUCUCGUUGAGUUGUUCCGGCGGAUGCGCGGCGCUGCUCGGAUGGUGCUCAAUCGCAAACCCAAGUUGGUGAAGACUGUCGAGUACGUCUUGCGUUCAUUCCUCCAGCGCGAGUCUCGGAUGUCUCUGGAUCGCUUCCCUCGAGAGCACUUCUGUACGCAGCAAGUGGUUCUCGUGGGAAUUUUCGUGCUGCAUGGCCUCCAAUCGAGAACGUUGACGUUCCUGGAGCUCCGAGAAGACCUUGGGAACCUCGCAUACUUAUUGGACUUUCUCAGACUACAUCACCCGAAGGACGCGGCCUUCAUGCAAGCCUACCUCCGGAAGUAUCUGGCCAUGCUCGAGGAACUCUGCUCCAUUUUCGAGAAAGCGACGCAGGUUAUCCGCACUGACUGGGCUUCCCUCAAGGACGCUUACCAGCGUUUCGAAACGUUACCGCCAUCAGUUGAGAGAGAACUUUUCGUCCCUCCGGUCGCCGAAAUCGUACCUUCGAAACUCCUGGGGGCGGGAGGUUUCGGCGCUUGCUACAAGGUCAAGAUCGGCGGCGCCGUACUGGUCGGGAAAUUGAUACCGCUCGAACGGAUGAAAUCCCCGAAACAUGCUUGCCUUGACAAGGUUGUUGCAUCUGUGAUAAGCAGUCCGUUUCUGAUAGCUUACCAUUCUUGUUUCUCGACCGAUAGAGCUUACGUAACGAUUAUGGAAUGUGUCAAAGGGGUCGAUCUCAAUCGUCUGAUCAAACGGGGUGAGCCCCUCGACCCGGUGGCUAUACCUUUGAUAUUGGCCCAGCUUGGACUCGCAGUACGAUAUCUGCAUUUCCGCGGCUUCAUUCACCGAGAUAUCAAGCCCGCGAAUAUCAUGGUCUUACUCGGGUGCCGAAUGAAACUCAUAGAUUUCGACACAUGUAAAAUUUGUACGUCUCUUUACGGAGACGGGUAUACUCGAAGUUUCCGAAGCCGGACUUUCGGGGAGUUCCGAGAUUCGGAGGUUGCGGGAACUUUGGUAUUUUUCUCUCCAGAGACUAUCGCGAGGGAAUCCUAUGGAAGAGCGACCGAUUUUUGGGCGAUCGGUGUCACGGCUUUUAUCAUGGGAUCGGGGAAGCUACCCUUCCGCGGGAAUGACGAGAACGUUCGGAAGAACAUAUGGGCCGCCGAAUAUCCGCCGCUCAGAAAUCAGCCGAGGCUCGCGCAGCUCAUCGCGCGAUUACUCGUCAGGGAUCCGAAGCGCCGGAUUACAACAGCGCGAUUCGAAGAAUACCAAAUGGAAGAAAUAUUCAGGGAUGUCAACUGGGAGAAGCUCGACGUGGAUCAUCUACAUGAAAUGAAGCAGUUUUCGGAUUUGAUGCAGCACCAUGACGAUGGAGGUUGGUCCCUGAUCGAGAAGAGCGAGAGGAAACUGAAGAAAAAAACGAGAUUUCAAUUGAAGUUCAGCGAUGUGGCCGACGCGCCCAAGCAAGAGAAACUCUUCACAUUCUCCUCAAAUUCCUUCCACAAGUUCCUCGUGACGAGGUCUAGGAACCAAGGGAGCGAUGUGAAUUUCGUAAUUCACGAAGGUUACGAUUUCAUCCCGGAAUUCACUGAGAGACGACAGCGAGUCACGUAUCGCUUCCAGGAUGCACUGAAAUGGCAGAGUUACAACACGGGCCCGAGAUCCUCUCCAUCCGAGCGGAGUGCAAGAUUGUGA